AUGUCUAAGGCUGACUCUACAAAGCCAACUGGGCCAAACUUGAUCAAAGAAUAUGAUGACCUCAAGAAGAUCCUCAAGAGCUCAGAUGGGAGAGAAGUAUAUUCACACCUGAUCGAGUGCUUCAACGCUCUAAUCCUGCACUACCCAGAUGAUGCUCUUGACAAAUUUGAAGAGGUUUCUUACCUUCUUAAGGAUGAACAAAGGGCCCAAUUUGCCAAACAGUUCCUAAACUUUGAUAAUAAGAAAAAUUUUAAGACAAUGACUGAAUGCCAGAAAGAAUAUGUCGAGAAGAUAGCAGUAUUAUUCCCACCCAAGCCUGAAGAAGGGGGUGAUCCAGAUGAGGCCCCUGAGGCUCCAGCAGCUGGAAAAGUAUCUAACUUUUUCUCAGACUGUGAGAUAUUGCAAUGGGCUGGAAUUGGCUUCGGAGAAGACGAAACUUACAGACUCCAAGCAUCCCUCACUAAGCUCAGUAUUAAAUCUGGAUCAGAGAAAAUCAGACUUUGGGGUAAAAUUUAUGGGACAGAGAAAGACUACUACAUAGCAGAAGGCUUCAUCCCUGGCACUGGCGAAGAAGACGAAGACAAGCCUAAAGGCCUCGAAGAUAGAGGAACAGGAGUAAAUGAUGCAGUAUAUUGGGUAACUAAUGACUCUCUUUCAGAAUGGACCAUGCUUGCUGAUGCCUCUCCAGCCCUCUUGAAGGCAACAAGAAGCACCAAAAUUAAGUUCACAGGAGAUUUGGAAAGAGAUAUAAUAACAAAUCCAUUCUUCUUUGGACAAGAAAAGCAUUAUCUAAGAGCUCAGAUAGCUAGAAUCUCUCAUUCCACAUCAAUAAUGCCGGGAGGUCUUCAUAAAUUAACCGAAGAUAAUCCAAAAGAGGUCGAGGCUAUUGAAUUUGAGGAGGAAAGCAAGGCAUACAAACCUUCAACAGAAACUCAAUCUGCCCUCUCGAAUUGGGUCCAUGCUAAAAAGUCUAUCCUGAAAAACAAUAGAGUCUCACAUUUAGAUCCAGAAGGAGAUGAAUUUGGAGAUAAAGAACCAGAAGAAAUCGCAAAAAUUCAAGAUGCUAGAGACCCUCCUGAGCCACGUCUAAAACCUCUUACAAAAGAUGUCUCUCAAAGUGGAGAAGAUUCAGCUUGGACUAUAAGACUCUACGGCGAUCAAAUCGCUACUCCUGGUCUCAAAAAACAAUCUAAUCACUACGGAGUGGUGGUUGUCCGCUCCACAGUUUGGCCAGGAGCUAUGGCUUGUUGGAAAUCAACUAAGUACCUCCAAAUAUACAUUGGAGAUGGUUUGAAGAACGAAACAAAGACUUAUUACCCUACCUUCCCUCCAGAGAUUCCUUCAGACCCAUCAGAUCUCCCUGAAGUGGCUGAGCCAAACCCAAAGGAGGCUCCACCACAAGAAGAAGAACCUGCACCAGAGUCAUAA